AAUUCGAACAUAGCUAAGUACCUACCUGGGUUGAAUAUACGUCCAUCUGCUCCAGCUGCUAGCAAGGGUGCUCGGGCUAUAUGGCGAGGUUCGGACGAGUCGAAGCCAGCAACAGAAGUGCAUAGUUUUCAAUGGCCUCCCGCCCCCGUGUGCUCAAAUCCCCCUCUUCAAAAUCCUCUGUAGACUACAUGCUCAAGGAAGCAGCACAACACGCAAAGAGCACGACACGCAAACAGCACAACACACAAACAGCACAACACGCCCGCCGAUCUGAAAUCUGCCGUUUUGUUUUUUCGCAUGCCGGCUGCGUCCCAUGGGCUCUGGGGCAUCAGAAUGACGACCGGCUCUUCUUCCCUCGAAGGGGUCCAACCAAGCGUUCCGCCUUUCGGCUCGCUCGGGAUCCUCUCGCGGACAGCCCCCGACAUCCUUCGGCUAUUCGCCGCCGCAGAAAAUGGUGCAAAGUUGGCCGUCCAGAAACCAACGCGCAUCCUAUACCCGACCGAAUUCUUCCCCAUGGCCAACGAAUUCUUCCCCAUGGCCAACGGUCCGUAGCAGGCGAUGCAAGACAAGUUCCAAGACGAGUUCCUCGGUGCUCUGGAGAACUACCUCGGGGUCCCCCGCACACAUGCGUCUCUCUAGCUGAGGAAUGGGCAGAGACCGGCCCUGCCGAGUGCAGAGACAUCCCGUUGAGAGAGUAGAGAAAAAAUAGUCAAGAAGUUGUUGGUGUUAUUGUCGUCGCUGCCACCCUUGUGCCUGUACCGGGCGCCCGCCGCCCCGGUGACCUUAUCGCAGCUCGCCCGAGACUGGCACAGAUCUGGCGAGACAUAGUUCCAGGCACCGCGCUCGUCUCCCCGGAUGCUAGUACCCCCUCUGUACACCUCUAACGAACAGUGACCCGAUCGGACGAGUGGGAAGAAUUAGGUUUUGCCCAUAUUUCUCCAUAGUGCCGAGUCAUGACAGCUCCCGCUGUCGUUGA